GAGCUGUGCUGCGUCCUGCGCGCGCCACUGGGAAUCUAGCGGCCGCUGGGCGUGUGAGCAAGUCCGGGGACACCGUGUGCGACUGAGAGAGCGAGCUGAGCGCUGAAGGGUUGCGGGCUCUGAGCACGAUGAGACCCGGCGGGGAGCGGCCGUUGGAGCGGGGUGCAUGCGAUGGCAUUUCAGAGCUGGAGCUGCUGAAGCUGCGCGCAGCGGAGCGCAUCGACGAGGCGGCUGAGCGGCUGGGGGCCCUGAGCCGCGCCAUCUGGAGCGAGCCCGAGCUGGCCUACGAAGAACACCAUGCCCACAGUGUGCUGACGCGCUUCUUCGAGCAGGAGCCGCCGGCCGCCUCCUGGGUGGUGCAGCGGCACUACCAGCUGCCGACCGCCUUCCGAGCGGAAUGGGAGCCGCGGAGCGCUGCGGGGUGCGCGCUGCACUUAGGCUUCCUCUGCGAGUACGAUGCACUGCCGGGCAUCGGCCACGCCUGCGGUCACAACCUCAUCGCCGAGGUUGGGGCGGCGGCCGCGCUGGGAGUGAGGGGGGCCCUGGAGAGCCUCCCUGGGCCUCCUCCGCCGGUGAAGAUAAGUGUCCUGGGAACCCCUGCAGAAGAAGAUGGUGGUGGCAAAAUUGAUCUAAUUGAAGCAGGUGCUUUUAAAAACCUCGAUGUUGUUUUUAUGGCCCAUCCAUCUCAAGAGAAUGCUGCUUAUCUACCGGAUGUGGCUGAACAUGAUGUGACUGUGAAAUACUAUGGAAAAGCAUCUCAUGCUGCUGCUUACCCCUGGGAAGGAGUCAAUGCUUUAGAUGCUGCUGUUCUUGCCUACAACAAUCUGUCUGUGUUAAGACAGCAAACGAAACCAUCCUGGAGAGUUCAUGGUAUAAUAAAAAAUGGUGGUGUAAAACCCAACAUCAUUCCCUCUUAUUCUGAAUUAAUUUAUUACUUCCGUGCACCUUCAAUGAAAGAACUUCAAGUUUUGACCAAAAAGGCAGAAGAUUGCUUCAGAGCUGCAGCUGUGGCUACAGGGUGCACAGUAGAAAUUAAAGGUGGAGCACAUGAUUAUUACAACGUUCUACCCAAUAAGAGCCUAUGGAAAGCUUACAUGGAGAACGGAGAAAAGCUGGGAAUAGAGUUCAUUUCAGAAGAUGCAAUGCUGAAUGGCCCUUCAGGAUCUACUGAUUUUGGAAAUGUUACUUUUGUGGUUCCUGGAAUUCAUUCGUAUUUUUACAUUGGCUCAAAUACCUUGAAUCAUACUGAAGAGUACACGGAAGCUGCAGGAUCCCAAGAAGCUCAGUUCUACACUUUGCGUACAGCCAAGGCUCUGGCAAUGACUGCAUUGGAUGUUAUUUUCAAACCAGAGUUGCUGGAAAGAAUCAGAGAGGACUUUAAAUCAAAACUUCAGGAAGAACAAUUUUUAAAUACAGUAGAAUAAGAAGAAGACUUAGUAGUAGUUUAUGAAUCAUUAAGAUGAUUUUUUCUUUAAUCUUUUUUAAUGGAAGAGAACAUGCUUGAUUUUAAUCUUAAAGGAAUCAAAUUCUUCUUACGUGAUAAGUAAGAAUAGGAUAUGGAGAAAAUAUAAUCACUCAUAUCUAAAAUGAAAAUUUUUGCAAAUCUAUAUUUGAUGGAAUUGUGAUAUUUUGGGAGUUGGUAGUUGAUAUCAUUUCUUAAGCUGGAUGAUACAUGAUUUAUCAAUAGUAAUAUUUUAUAAGUUUAUAUAUUGUAUGUUUUAAAAGGUCCAAGAGGUUUCAGAUCUUAUGUGCAGAAUUAACACCCAUGAAAUGAUUUUGUGGUACAGAGCAGUAAACUUAUUUAAUGAAGUUUUAAAGUUCAAGUUCUAAAUUUAGGAAAAGUUUGUUUCAAAUAUCUCACUGUAUUGCUUAGAAAAAUCUCUUCAUUUAUAAUAAGAGUAGACUUUUAAUCAGAGAUGCUUUUGGGAAACAACCAGAAACUCAGGUACAAAGAAUAACUUUAGUUCUACCAUUUGAAGAAAAAUGAGAAUUUUCCAUAUUUUACACAUAAUUAACUCUGGGAUGUGGCAUUAAUUUGUAAUUCAAUGUUACAGUAAUAGGGUAAGUGUUAGUCAGGAUUGGACUCUUCCAAUAAGGCAUUUGCAUGGUAGCCCAGAUGAGAGUUGUAGGAGAACUCAGAGAGGGGUCACUGACAGGCACCUGCUCUGCUCUCUGGAAUCUUCAGAGUCCUGCACUGUCCUUCCAGCCGCAGCCUGCUCAGGCCCCAACUUAGAAACCAGCCUGCCUACCUGGCUGCACAGAAUUUGAGCCUCCAUAAGCCUUAUGCUAGCCCAAUAUUCAUUAAAAAUUAUUGCAAGUUUUUCAUGAUUCUAAUUCACACAAAAAUUAGUGUGAAUUUCUUGAACAUGCUAAAAAGAAUGUGUGAAAAAAUACCUGGUAAAACAAAUAUUUUAAGCUGUGAAUGCAGUAAAGCUCCAGUGUACUUUAUUUUAAAGAGAGUCCUCAGGUUUGAGCAAGCAUUCCUGAAGUGGAAGGGGAAGGAGAGAAAGUGUGCAUCUGGCUUUUGUGGUAUAAUAAGCAAGUCACUUGGGCCCUCUGCGCUACCAACUCACCUUUUGAAAAGUUAGAUCUUCUCCUUACAGUCUUUUGAAUCCCUAAUUCCCUUUCUAUCUGAAAUUAUUUAAAGUUGCAAGAAAGAGAGGUGGUUGUGUUUGGGAGAGUUAAGAGUUGAGAAUUGCCUUUCUUCUGUAUAAGGGUCUGUGGACUGUGGCCUGAUUUCAGCUAAUAGCUGCCUUUUCUUUUCUUUUCCUUCCUUCCUUUCUCAGCCUGCUAAGAAUGGGCUUUGCAUUUUUUAAAGGGUUGUUAAAAAAAAAAAAAGAAGAAGAAACAACAGAGACUGAAAACAGUGACCUCCAUACCUAACGUGUCUGGC